AUGUCUAGCCCCAUCACCGCAGAUGUAAGCAGUUUAGAGGAUGCAGCCCCAAGUAAUACGAUGCUGGCGUGGUUGGCUGCUAUCUUAUUCCCGCUUAUGGCUUUGACAAUCAUGUUCUUGAGUGUAUCGAUGGGCGAGGCCAAUCUCUUCUGUAUCCUCGGGGGAAUCAUCGCCUACCACAGUGUCAUCAAGCGCUUCACAGCCUCGGGACUUGCCGCACCUCGACUCCCUUGCUCCUCCAAGGACCAGCAAAGACAUGAGGUCAAACAUCAUGAGCCAUGCUCACGCCUCGUGGGCUAUGCCAGCCUCAAACAUGACAUGACGCUUGUAGAUUGGAAAGGCCACAGCUGGUCCAUGUAUAUGAUGGGCGGAUAG